UUCCAUAAAAAAUGGAUUCCUAAUGAUAUUCUUCUUGAACCAAACACCCCCUAAAAUCCCAUCUUUCUUCUUCUUCUUCUUUCUCUCGUCAAAGAAGCAAAACGGGCAGCGGCAUGACGGCAGUGGCGGGGAUCGACGACGGAACAAUGCGCUCCAUGGCCAUCGGUGCCGUAUUUACCGACUACGCAAGAUAACUUGUCUUGAUUUUCAUCGCACGGAUGAUUUGUUGGUCACUGCAAGUGAAGAUGAUUCCGUGCGCCUUUAUGAUAUUGCAAAUGCCAAGUUAUUGAAGAUGACAUAUCACAAGAAACAUGGUGUGGAUCGUAUAUGCUUCACCCAUCAUCCAAGUUCCAUUAUAUGUUCUUCAAGGUACAAUUUGGAGUCAGCAGAAUCCUUACGCUAUAUUUCUAUGUAUGAUAAUCGAUGCCUCCGCUACUUCAAGGGGCACAAAGAAAGAAUUGUCUCGCUCUGUAUGUCUCCUAUCAAUGACAGCUUUAUGUCAGGUUCACUUGACCAUAGUGUGAGGAUAUGGGAUCUUCGUGUAAAUGCUUGUCAGGGUAUUCUGCAUUUGCGUGGUAGGCCUUCUGUUGCAUAUGAUCAACAAGGCCUUGUUUUUGCUGUGGCAAUGGAAGGUGGUGCUAUCAAGUUGUUUGAUUCUCGCUCAUAUGACAAGGGUCCAUUUGACACAUUUUUGGUUGGUGGAGAUACAGCUGAGGUCUACGAUAUCAAAUUCAGUAAUGAUGGGAAGUCCAUGCUUUUAACAACAAAGAAUAACAAUAUCUAUGUAUUGGAUGCUUAUGGUGGAGACAAGCGCUGUGGAUUUAGUCUAGAACCAUCUCCCAAUUUAUCAACCGAGGCUACUUUUACUCCAGAUGGGCAAUACGUGGUGUCAGGUUCCGGGGAUGGAACCUUACAUGCUUGGAAUAUCAACAUGCGGAAUGAGGUUGCCUCUUGGAACAGUCAUAUUGGUGCUGUAACCUGCUUAAAAUGGGCCCCACGUCGAUCCAUGUUUGCCGCUGCCUCCACAGCACUUGCAUUUUGGAUACCCAAUCCAUCAAAAUUGAAUGAGGCGGCGCCAGCUGCCAAAGCUAAUCCUGCACAAUGACUAAAGUUCACCUAUCCUAUCCUCUUUCAGUUUUAUCUGCUUAAAGAAAGGUACGGUUUGAAACAUACAACCAGCAGGUUUUAAUAUUGUUUUGGUAGCCUCGGGGAUUGGUAGGGUGUUGGUUACAUAGUUUUAGUAAGCUACUUGUACUGAUCUCUUUAUUUAUUCGUCUUAACUAUUUGGCUUUUGUUCACGGUUAUGCCCACUUAUUCGUGGCCUACAAAUUAUCUAUUUGGUUAUGCCACAGGAAUAUACUAGAAUUAGGAACCUGAUGAGUAAGCAAAUAGAAGAUAUAGAAGAGAGUAUUCAUAUUAGAUUUUUGUGGUUAAUAACUUAGGUUUUUGGGUUGAUGAUUAGGUACUAUUUAAUUUGUUUUUGAUAAAUAUUUUCCAUUUUUAGAUGUUUAGACUUGAUUUUGCAUCCAUUUUUUUUUCUCGUAAUUUCAUUAUCCGACUCUAAUAGAUAUUUCUGCGGCUGUUGGCAGCGGAUAGGUUGGGUUGUUCAAUUCAGAAAUAUCGUUUUCAAUAAGUGUAUUGCUCUUUCAACUUCGCUGUGAUUAGCUUCUGAUUUGAAUGUAAAUCCAUACAUGAAUAAGAACCAGAUCUUGUUCCGUCUUUCUGUUUUGUUUUCCCUGAUAUUUCACCAGAAACAAUCUCUAACUUUAAUUUAUUACCUCCAGCUAAACACCUUUACUAAAUCCCCUACAUCAAUCACAAAACCGGGUCAGUAAAAUCCUAAUUUGAAGUCCGAACCCAAUAUCAGUGGAGAUAAGUAGUGGAGAUAAGUUCAGACUUCAGACCUUCAUUUCCUCCUUGAGCCCAUCCUAAACUAAUGUUGGUUGUUUGUCUAAUGACUCUGAUCUAGCACAUGAUUCUACAGCGACCCUUUACCUGCUGUUGUUGAUCACCUUUCCUCAUCUUUAUAACCUUAAUCCGCCACCACAGUAAAAAGAAUUUCUACACAUUAUAUCAUCCCAAGGUUCAUUCAACGAAACCCUGAAACUUUGUAAACUGAGAGAUCCGAUACAAAGAAAUAAGUAUCUAAUUUGUCCUGUAUUAGAUUUGACAUUAGAGUGAAUUCCGAUCCAAACAUCCAACUUGAUAUUGAUAGAAACAGAUUAUUCAAAAGUGGGAUUCCUUUGCUACAAGGUUCUCUGGCUCCAACUGCACUUGGACACUGAUUCAAGCAAGGAUCUCUUAAUCUAGUCAAACUCUCAAAACAGCCACCUCACUCUGAUAUCAAUGGGAUUUGUCAUGUCCUCUACAAGUGGCUAAUUUAACUCUGCCUGGACUUCCAACCAGCAGUUGUAGGGGGUUGAAAAAUUGUCAUUGCUUCUGCCUUCAAGCUGAGGCAGUUCUCACUUACUGAGAUACUAAACACAUGACAAGUUCUUUGUAUACAUAGCUUGCUUAUAAGAUUAAUGCAACUCAUAAGGUCAAGUGCACCCUAGGCUGUGUUAAUAAUUACACACUGGUAUUUCAAGAACUAUUUGGAUCUUUUUGAACCACAUUGUCAUCUAAAUCCAUCGGAAGAUCAUUCUGGAGAGACUUGAUGAAGAGUAACAACAUAGUAGAAAAUAUAAAGAGAAAUUUAUAUUAGAUUCAAUAUCUACGUUUUUAGUUCUUGAGUUAAUAAUUAGGUAGUAGUUUUAUUUUAGUUUGAAAUUUAACUGAGGAGAUGACCCAAAAUAGAAGUAAAUGGAAGAAUAUGAUUCAUGUACCCAAAAUUUAGGAAUAAAGCUUUGUUGUUGUUGCAUUGCAAUUUAAGAUUUUUCUGUAUUUUUGAUGUCUAUGUAGAGUCUGUUUUUGUCACUACCCCAAUUUUCGAACCUAAAAGGAAUAUUGGAGUUGGACUAAACCUGUGAAAAUAUCCUCUUAAGAAUCUACAUUCAUCAAAAGACCAUCAAAACAAUCUCAUCAUUGAAUUAAAACCAACAACAAAGUAUUCUCCAUAAUCCAAAAGUCAAUAUUAAUCCAAUUAACUUGAGAUAAACAAAUAUUUCUCAACAUGAAAUAAAACUCAAUCUAAAGGUAAAUAUUCCAAUACUACAAAGCUUCCAAUUAUAAACUACAUAUCGAAAGACUUUAUUCAACUUUAGCAAUAUGCAAGUUUUAUUCCUUGCUCCCUUCUAAUAACUUAGGAACCACCAACUCCAUCUAAUCCUGAGUCUUUUUGGAUGAAUAUAACACAAUGAGUUCACAACUCAAUAAAUGGAUAUAUUCAUACAUUGAACACAUGGUUUUGCAAAAAACUCAAAUAUUUCGACAAAUGAUAAGCAAAAUAUAAAAAUAAUAUAGAAUUAUCAAUGAACUCUAGUACUUGAUGCAAAUAUUUAAAAACUUAAAAAACAUGAAUUGGAAAUAAGCAAGUCACGUCUUAAUGUGAUCAACACUUCAUACUCCGGUUGACUCGAUAAACCCUACAAUUAUUAAGCCCAUGGUUUCGGGACGGUGAGACCCAAAUUUGGGUUCUUAGCGCCAAAAUAAAACCUCAUAGAGGCACAUUGAGCCAUGUUUUGAUAAUUUGCUUAUCUUCGACAUAUACUAGCAUAUUGACUUGAGAUGCAUAUGUUUUAAGAAAAAAUGAACAAAAUUCAUAUAGCUAAAUAAUUUAUAAAGAAUUGCCAAAGGC